AUGACUGUCAAAUGGCAACAGCCAGCGCGGGGUCUUAGUGUGCCGGCCGCUCGCAACCAAACAUCUCCCCCAAACAGCGACACUUCCGAACAGGAGAGAAAGAUCUACAUCUACAUCGACCACUCCAACUUUUGGAUCGAACCUUACAAUAGGAGCGGGUAUCAGUGGAGAUACGACAUUGCAAGCUUCCGCUCCCUCCUUAUUCGAUUAGCCGCGAAAACGGGCAACAUGGAUCGUCGUAAUGUCCAAGCCGAAGUCAACGUCUACGGCUAUGUCCCUGACUGUCUCAAACCCAUUUGGAAAAGCCAAGGUGCGAGGAUUCAUGAACUCCGGAAAUCUUUUGCCGCAGACCUCCAGAAGGGGAUCGAAAGAGAGCACGGCGAGAAGGAAGUGGACACCUCCCUUGUCGCCCACUCAGUUCGGAAGGCCGUCGAAGCCUGGUACGAUGAAGACCCAGAGGCAAAAAGCGUGUUUGUCAUUGUUUCUGGCGACAGAGAUAUGCGUCCUGCCAUGGAGCAGAUCAUCGAAUGCGAGCACCAUGUGCACGUGUGGGCAUGGAACGACACUAUGUCCAAGGUUUACGAAUACUUGGGCCGUGACCAAAGUCUUGUUACGUUGCACCGACUGGAUGAUUAUAAACACCGUUUCGUUCACUAUUGA